AUUUUGGCAUUUUUUAAUCAGCCAUUUUUGUGAUCGGCAAGAUUUUUUAAAUUAUGCUUUAAUGUGGGCAUUUUUAUAUAUAUGCAAGCCACAAUUCAUCUAGAGCUGAAGCUUUCUGAAUAAUUUUUUUACUGGAACAAUGAGUGGUGUAUAUUUUACUGUCGAUGACGCUACAAAAUUGCCAUUAGAGUACAUUGAUGAGAGCGAACCAGCACCAGCACCUAUAAAUAAAAGAGAUGGCAUCAGUUCCAGCAAUGAGAAGCUACAAGAUAUAGAAGUUCAGUUGGAACUAGCCGAAAACAGAUGUAAUAGUCUAAAAGGUCAGUUGGACUUGAUGAAAAAUCUUUAUGAGCCCAAUACCAAAGGAACGAAAAUAAGAAAGUUCUCCAACGCUCAAAAAAGUCAAGUCAUUAAAGAUAAGGAACUUGGAUCUUCAAAAACAAUUUCUAAUUCACAUAUAGCGACCAUAGAAAUAACCAAAGAAAAUGAUCCAUGUUUUAUUCCCGACGCCAAUAUUUUGGUAAAUGUGGAUUCAGUUCCUAAAAAGCAAAGUAGAAUAGACACAGGGUUAAAAAAAUUUUGCAGCCAACAUGUAGGUCUAAAAAAAGAUUUAAAAGUUAGGUCAUCUUCGGUGCUAAACAGACGAAGAUUGACAAGAUCAUAUAGAUCGAACUAUUCUAUGAAUCGCAAAUUGGUAGAACUGUACCACAAUGAUAUGGCAACGUCAAAAGGCAGCGAAUCAGAUGAUUCGGUAAAAGUUACAAAGAAUCUCAAGCCGUUCAGACUUAACUUGUCGGAUCACACUGAAUCCUGGUCAAAGGGUGACUUAAACAAACCGAAACCGUCCAUUUACAACAACAUAAGUAAUUUAAAGAGCGUCAGCAAAACACAAAAUCAGAUCCCAUCGAAAAACGCACUUGAUGCAGAAUCUAGAAGCUAUCAAAUGCCAACCAUCGCAUCAAAAUUGAAACAAGUUGCUAGGUGUUAUUUCAAUGCCUUUAAAUUUAGAGCGAUUCCAUUUUGUCCGGCGACUUCCACAUCACCGAGCCAUAAUAUUGGCAUCAAUUUGCAACAAGUGAUGAGUAUGAUGAAAAUGAGGCAACCCUUUCAAGGUCUAUCUCCUACUCUGGCCCACAACAUUACACUUGCUGCUGAGAAGCUGAACAGCAGCCCGACGGCCACCAUGGUUACAUCCAUGACCUCCAGGACAACCUGUACUUACCUUCGUGGAAAAUCUUGUCCGGUGGGAAAAACUCGUCUCAACUACACCCAACUUCAAGAGAUGGCAAAGGCGAUACCAGAAGAGGAUGUAAUCAUGGAGGGUGAUGAAGAUUCAAGGGAGACACCUGUCAGGACAACCAUCAUAACCGGACCUUCUGGAGACUUGGAAGUCAAAAAUAGGAAUGAUCCAGUCUGGGCUAUGGACCAGGAAUGUGGGAAAAAAUGCACAUGUGUUAAUAACUCAGGGCCUGAUUUGCAGUAUUUAGUUAAUAAAUAUCGAGUGGGAACUGGAUUUAGUUCUACGCCGUCUUGUUCACAGCAAAAAAAGCCAAAGACAAAUUUUAUAAAGAAAAAUAAAUUCAUCAAGACGCCCUUACCAACAAAGAAGGUUCUGAUGGAUUAUGACAAUAAAGACGACAUUUCAAUGAAUAAUGGCUCCUGUUCAGUGGAUGGCAAAGAAAAAACACUAAGGGGUGUUUUGGCCAACUUGCAUAGAGAGUUUGAGACCAUGAACAAGCGUUAUGAAGAACUGUCGAAAGAUCCUGAUAAUGCAAAUGAAGAAAUGAUUAAAGAAAUGGAAAAGCUUGACAACGAUCUUAAUGCAAAAGAAGCAGAAAUAACAACCGUAAUGGAUCUUUACAAAGAGGUUCUCGCAUUGAAACAACAAAUUAAAUCUCUAAAGCAAAAAAUGAGCGACGGUAACAUUAGCCACACAGCUUCCAGACUUGCUGAAUACACUAAUCCUAAAGCUGCAUUUCAUCUUACUAAACUUCUUAAACAAAUUCAAUUGUACCAAUCACAAUACAAGAGAGACCCACGUAAAUUAUUUAAAUAAAAAAUUAUACAUGUGAAUUGUAGAAUUAUAAAUGAUAUUACCUAAAUGUACAAUAUACAAUAAUUUUUUAUAAAUGUAGGAGUUUAAUUAAUAUAUAUGUCUAUGCA